CUCCCACGGCGGUUGGCCAUAUAGAGGCUGGGGGUGGGGGGAGGUCAAGCGUAGCCUCUUCUCCUUUACCAAGAUGGCGGCUCGUCCCUGUUUCGCCACAGUUCCUACCUUAUGAGCUUGGUUUCCUUGCGCUGAUAAGAGUGGAACAGCAGGAGCUGGCGGGCUGACCCAGGUGGCCUCGGGACGGACUUCCUGGCUGUUGACCGUUUUGCUGUGGCUCACCGGACUGUGUGUAGGCGCCAGAUCAACCAUGAGCUCCGUUGCCGUUUUGACCCAAGAGAGCUUUGCUGAGCACCGAAGUGGGCUGGUUCCGCAACAGAUCAGAGUUGCCACUCUGAAUUCAGAAGAAGAGAGUGACCCUCCGACCUACAAGGAUGCCUUCCCCCCGCUGCCUGAGAAAGCACCUUGCUCGGAGAGCACGCAGGAACCUGCCGGCGCCUGGGGUAACAAGAUCCGGCCCAUCAAGGCUUCUGUCAUCACUCAGGUGUUCCACGUGCCCCUGGAGGAGAGGAAGUACAAGGACAUGAACCAGUUUGGAGAAGGCGAACAAGCGAAGAUCUGCCUCGAGAUCAUGCAGCGGACUGGCGCCCACCUGGAGCUGUCUCUUGCCAAAGACCAGGGCCUCUCCAUCAUGGUCUCCGGGAAGCUGGACGCCGUCAUGAAAGCCCGCAAGGACAUCGUUGCAAGACUGCAGACGCAGGCCUCAGCGACUGUUGCCAUCCCCAAAGAACACCAUCGCUUUGUUAUUGGCAAAAACGGAGAGAAACUGCAAGACUUGGAACUGAAAACUGCAACCAAAAUCCAGAUCCCACGCCCAGAUGACGCGAGUAACCAGAUCAGGAUCACGGGCACCAAAGAGGGCAUCGAGAAGGCGCGCCACGAAGUCCUGCUCAUCUCCGCCGAGCAGGACAAACGCGCUGUGGAGAGGCUGGAGGUGGAGAAAGCGUUCCACCCCUUCAUCGCUGGGCCUUACAAUCGACUCGUCACUGAGAUCAUGCAGGAGACAGGGACACGCAUCAACAUCCCCCCACCCAGCGUCAACCGGACAGAAAUCGUCUUCACGGGGGAGAAGGAGCAGUUGGCUCAGGCCGUGGCUCGGAUCAAAAAGAUAUAUGAAGAAAAGAAAAAAAAGACUACAACCAUCGCAGUGGAGGUGAAGAAAUCCCAGCACAAGUACGUCAUUGGGCCCAAGGGCAACUGCUUGCAGGAGAUCCUGGAACGGACGGGAGUCUCCGUGGAGAUCCCACCCUCCGACAGCAGCUCGGAGACGGUGAUACUUCGUGGCGAGCCCGAAAAGCUGGGGCAGGCGCUGACUGAGGUCUAUGCCAAGGCCAACAGUUUCACAGUUUCCUCCGUGUCCGCUCCUUCCUGGCUCCACCGUUUCAUCAUCGGCAAGAAAGGGCAGAACCUGGCCAGAGUCACGCAGCAGAUGCCGAAGGUUCAUAUUGAGUUCACAGAGGGCGAAGACAAGAUCACGCUGGAAGGCCCCACGGAGGAUGUGAACGUGGCCCGGGAGCAGAUUGAAGCCAUGGUGAAGGACUUGAGUAACCGGAUGGACUACGUGGAGAUCAACAUCGGAGCCAACAUCAACAGGGUCAAGGACCAGUACAAGGUGUCUGUGCGCAUCCCUCCAGACAGCGAGAAGAGCAGCCUGGUCCGCAUCGAGGGCGACCCACAGGGCGUGCGGCAGGCCAAGCGGGAGCUGCUGGACCUCGCCUCCCGCAUGGAAAACGAGCGCACCAAGGACCUGGUCAUCGAGCAGAGGUUUCAUCGCACCAUCAUCGGGCAGAAGGGCGAGCGGAUCCGUGAGAUCCGGGACAAGUUCCCAGAGGUUAUCAUCAACUUUCCAGACCCAGCACAAAAAAGUGAUAUUGUCCAACUGAGAGGGCCUAAGAAUGAAGUUGAGAAAUGCACAAAGUACAUGCAGAAGAUGGUGGCGGAUUUGGUGGAGAACAGCUACUCGAUCUCGGUUCCGAUCUUCAAGCAGUUCCACAAGAACAUCAUCGGGAAAGGAGGCGCAAACAUCAAGAAGAUCCGAGAGGAAAGCAACACCAAGAUCGAUCUCCCAGCGGAGAACAGCAACUCUGAGACCAUCGUCAUCACAGGCAAGCGGGCCAACUGUGAGGCCGCCCGGAGCCGCAUCCUGUCCAUCCAGAAAGACCUGGCCAACAUAACCGAGGCGGAGGUCUCGAUCCCGGCCAAGCUGCAUAACUCCCUCAUCGGCACGAAGGGCCGCCUGAUCCGCGCCAUCAUGGAGGAGUGUGGCGGGGUCCACAUCCACUUCCCUGUGGAGGGGUCGGGCAGUGACACGGUUGUCAUCAGGGGCCCCUCCUCGGACGUGGAGAAGGCCAAGAGACAGCUCCUACACCUGGCAGAGGAGAAGCAAACCAGGAGUUUCACCGCCGACGUCCGCGCCAAGCCGGAGUACCACAAGUUCCUCAUCGGCAAAGGGGGCGGCAAGAUUCGCAAGGUGCGCGACACCACAGGGGCCCGCAUCAUAUUCCCAACAGCUGAGGACAAGGACCAGGAUCUGAUCACCAUCAUGGGAAAAGAGGAUGCGGUCAGGGAGGCCCAGAAGGAGCUGGAGGCCCUGAUCCAGAACCUGGAUAACGUGGUCGAAGACUGCAUGCUGGUGGACCCCAAGCACCACCGUCAUUUUGUCAUCCGAAGAGGCCAGGUUCUGCGCGAGAUUGCUGAGGAGUACGGUGGGGUGAUGGUUAGCUUCCCGCGCUCCGGCACACAGAGCGACAAAGUCACCCUCAAGGGCGCCAAGGACUGUGUGGAGGCGGCCAAGAAGCGCAUCCAGGAGAUCAUCGAGGACUUGGAAGCCCAAGUGACCAUGGAGUGUGCCAUACCCCAGAAAUUCCAUCGAUCCGUCAUGGGUCCCAAAGGGUCCAGAAUCCAGCAGAUCACACGGGACUAUAAUGUUCAGAUUAAGUUCCCGGACAGAGAGGAGAAUCCAGUCCACAGCAUGGAGCCGGCCGUCCAGGAGAAUGGCGACGACACCGGGGAGAGCAGAGAGGCCGAGCCUGGCUCUCCCCGGAGGUGUGACAUCAUCGUCAUCUCUGGCCGGAAGGAAAAGUGUGAAGCCGCCAAGGAAGCCCUGGAGGCACUGGUUCCUGUCACCGUUGAAGUGGAGGUGCCCUUUGACCUUCACCGGUACAUCAUCGGGCAGAAGGGCAGCGGGAUCCGCAAGAUGAUGGACGAGUUUGAGGUGAACAUCCACGUCCCCGCACCGGAGCUGCAGUCCGACAUCGUCGCCAUCACAGGCCUCGCUGCGAACUUGGGCCGGGCCAAGGCCGGGCUCCUGGAGCGCGUGAGGGAGCUGCAGGCCGAGCAGGAGGACCGGGCUCUACGGAGUUUCAAGCUGAGUGUCACUGUGGACCCCAAGUACCACCCCAAAAUCAUUGGGAGAAAGGGGGCGGUGAUCACCCAGAUCCGCCUGGAGCAUGACGUGAGCAUCCAGUUUCCUGACAAGGACGAUGGCAGCCAGCCGCAGGACCAAAUCACCAUCACGGGGUACGAGAAGAACACAGAAGCCGCCCGGGACGCCAUAUUGAAAAUCGUGGGUGAACUUGAACAGAUGGUUUCUGAGGAUGUCUCACUAGACCACCGUGUCCAUGCCCGCAUCAUUGGCGCCCGCGGCAAAGCCAUUCGCAAAAUCAUGGAUGAAUUCAAGGUGGACAUUCGCUUCCCACAGAGCGGGGCCCCAGACCCCAAUUGUGUCACGGUGACGGGGCUGCCAGAGAAUGUGGAGGAGGCCAUCGACCACAUCCUCAACCUGGAGGAGGAAUACCUGGCCGACGUGGUGGACAGUGAGGUGCUGCAGGUCUACAUGAAGCCCCCUGCCCAUGAAGAGGCCAGGGCGCCGUCCAAGGGCUUCGUGGUGCGGGACGCUCCCUGGACUGCCAGCAGCAGCGAGAAGGCUCCUGACAUGAGCAGUUCCGAGGAAUUCCCCAGUUUUGGGGCUCAGGUGGCCCCCAAGACCCUCCCUUGGGGCCCCAAACGAUAAUGGUCAGAAAGCAGAAGCUUCUCCAGCCUGCUGACCCACGCCCCAGCACACAGUGGUUUGUCUCGACCUGACCCAGCGGCUGGACCCUCGUAAAUUGUCGAUACUCCCCCCUCCCCGAGGUCUCACAGUGAAGCCGGGGUGCCCGGCGCCGUGUGUGGCCGGUUCCGGGCCUGGCCAGCCCCAGCGCGUGCUCAGGACCCACCCCUGGCACCCGCGCUCCGGAUGGCUCGCCAUGGCGGUCAGCGCUGACCGGCAGCUCCCCGGUCCACCCAGCAUGUCCGGAGAGUGCUGGCCCCCAAGCCGUGGCUGAGUCUACUUCCUGUGUCAUGACCUCAGGAAAUAAAUUUCCUUGACUUUAUAAAAGCCAAAA